AUGGCGGAAGCGGCUCACACGGAGCUCACGACCACACGCUACCGUGGCUUCGUGCGGAAGGACGAGGAAUGGCCCGAGGACUCGGAGCAGUACAAAGCCGGAUGUGACAUCGAGAACCGGAAGAGGCCACCCCCCGAUGAAGUGCCUGGCGACGUGUUCGAUCGACAGCGGGUGAUCCCUGGCUUCGAUCAAGGCUUGAUGGAGCGCCAGGACUGCUUGGUCCUGGGCGCUGGGGGCAUCGGACAGAACGUGGCUCUCACUUUGGCCCGCUUGGGAGUCCGACGCAUCACCCUGGUUGACAAUGACCUUUAUGUGGCCAGCAACCUUACGAGGCAAUGCCUGGGAAGCAUCAGAGACGUUGGCAAGCGGAAAGUGGAUGUGGCCAAAGCAGGUCUGGAAUCUUCUCACAACCUCCGUUCCGAAAUUGUGGCCGUGCAUUGCGACGCCAUCCUGGAAUGGGGUACAGUGGUGGAACUUGCACAGCAAAGCACCGUGGUUUUCAAUGCGAUCGACUCAGGAGUGAUGUGGGACUUCUGUGUGAAUUCCCUGUGCAAAGAGUUGGGACUACCACUGUGUGCUGGCCAGUCCUUUGGAUGGAAGUUCAUGACCGAGCUGUACACGGGCAAAGUGGAUGAAGUUUGUGCGUUUUGCUACGAUUCCGUUUCAUCCACCUUUGCCACCAACGAGAAGGCGAUCACACGCCCGGGCGGCGUGCUGGACCGUCUCCAAGUGUCCUGCGCGGGCUCGUGCGCGGGGGUGGAGGAGGUGAGGCGCUUCCUGACCAGCGAUCGGCAAUUCCGCUGCCAUGAGGGGCAACUGCUGAAUGAGAUUUUGGCGGGCGCCUUGCAGAGCGUGCUGCAGUUCCUACAAGCCUUUCAGCAGGACAUGGUCACCAGACUUUUGCCCGGCCAGAUCUCCAAGUUGCACUCGCUGGGGCGGCACGGCUUCGGUCGCCACGUGAACCGGAGAGUAGUCGGAGAAGGAUCCAUAGUUGUGCAAAUGCUGAGUAUUGGCAUGGAAGGAAACAACCAUAUGAAGCAUGCCGCACCUUGGUUCAUCCCACAGCCGAAACACGCGGAGACGCGCUUCGUUGGAAGCUGGGUUUGCCCAUGCCUCUCCUGCGCAGUGACGAUGGUCUCACAAUGGUCUGGCCUUCUGACAGCACCGCAGGUGGAGGAAGGUGUCCCAGAGACCCUGAUGCCGCAAUCCAUCACCUUCAACUUGGAUGCUGGCAUGACUGGCGAGGAACAGCUGGGCUACGAGCUGGGCGUCCUGGGCAUGACCCUGGACCGCCAGGAACGCCGCUUUUGCCGCGAUGCCUCGGCCGGCAGCUGCCGCGUUUGCGCGGCCGCGCGCAGGCGCCGCACGGAGGAGGCGCUCUUCGUGGGCGCCAAAGAGGUGGCGCUGGCACCAGUGCAGGGAGAGGUUUACCAGCUGCCACAAAGCUGGUCCUGCUCCUCUGACCUUUCAGAGCUUCUGGCGCGCCGCAGUCACCCCACAGUGGCGGUCCCCGCGCUGCCUGCGUGGGACUGGCGGCCCGAGAACCUCGUCCCUUCAAGGAAGCCGACGGAGGAGUGGCCCCUAGAGUUGUGGACCAUGCCUUUGAUGAAAGUGCCGCAGAGAAGUUCGAGUUCAACGGCUCCUAGUGCUUUGCGUGGCUUGGCCUCUGGAGUUCGCUCGGCUUUGGUGAAGGUCAAAGGCCAGUGGUUCCGCUUGAAGGGCUGUGGCAAUCGCGAUGAAGGCUUUCCAAUGGCGAAGGUGGGCAACAAGGGCGAAGCGUCGAUCCGGGGAUCGUGCUUCAAGCACACAGCUUACACUGAAGUCCGGAUGAACGAUUUGGUCGCCGAAGUUCUACAGAAAGCGGGGCUUGACUGUGCCAAUCAGUCGUUGGGCUGCUAUUGGUAUCGGCCAGAGCCUAGUUGGCCCUUACCAGAGAUCGAUCGGUACUGCGGCGUCUUUCAGACCUCGGGCAACGCGCGCUUGGGAGACCACUUGAUUGGUGGAAUUUUGGCACUGCUGCCACAUGUGCUCGAGCCCAUGGAGAAGGAGCUCACGCAGUGCAUUCUUCGGGGUCGUGGGAGUGACGAGUCUGAGCUCUUAGAGACGUGUGACCUCGUGAGCUGCGCUUUGCCCACGGCCGACUGCGUGGACGUGGCCCUGGACGGAAGGCAGCCACCCAGCUCGUCAGAGCUGGAGCCGGCCGUACCCCAGGCCUUCCAGGGCCUUUGGGACGAUCUCCGUGAAAAGGUCGAGGCCUCCAGCCUGCUGUGGUUGGCUUGGCGCCUAGGCUGGGAGUGCGGUGAAACAUUGCGAGCCCUACAUGACGCUGAGAUCUCUUGGGGAACCUAUGCAGACAGCAUGGGAAUUCACUGCAAUGCCCACAUCAACAAUUUCGUGGUGAAAGGACCCUGUGGUCUCAGUGGUGGUGCCAAAACAUUCCUGGCCGCUUUGGACUUCGACAUGGCCUUCACCCGACAGAACUUUGUGCCUGAGGCCCUGAGUCAGAGCAGCUUUCUCGACAGCUUUGAUGCCAUCCUGGCCUUUGAAGAAUCCAUGGGGAUGAAGAUGGUCCUCGCGGGGAGCGACUUCGCGAGCACCGGAGUGGCCAACGCCAAGGCGCCGGAGUCACACAGGCUCAUGGAAAUGGCCCUCCGAGAUACCAUGGUUGCUGCGUACACUGCGGCCCUUGAGAAGCAGACAGAUCCGCAUCCUUUGACGGAAGAACGGCAGAGAGUUUCCUACGACCUUAUCAAGUUGGCACUUUGCCUGACCACGCACGUGGAAGGGUAG